AUGGCCGCGACGAGAAAAGCGACUGAACCGGAACCGCCAAAGGGGGAAAAUGAAAACACAGAGGAAGCAAAUCCCAAGGGAAUAAAUCACCAUGGUGAUGCCGAAGAGGGUUAUACGAAGCAGGACGAUGGACCCUCUAAUAACGACAGGAAAAGAAAAGAACAAAAGGGAAGAGAACAUAAGGACGAGGGGGAAUACAUUCACGAGGAGCGAAAUGAUGCUUUACAUAAAAAAAGGAAGGACGGGCAACGGAGUGCUUCCCUUGGGAGCAUGAGCGAUGUUAUUAGUGCGGAAAGGAGUCGAGACGGGCACCGACGCAAGCGUAGGAGGAGUACCAGCAGCAGCGGGAGAAGCCGAAAUAGAAGUAGAAGUAGAAGUCGAAGCAGGAGUCGACACAGGAAGAGGCACAGAAGCCGAGACAGACACAAGCACCGACACGGACAUCGGCACAGAAGCAGGAGCGACCGAAGCAGUGAUGGGGACAGGGAAAGAGACAGAGACAGAGAUAGGCAUAGACACAAGCACAGACAUAGGGACCGACACAGAGAUCGUGACAGAGAACGUGACAGGGACCGUGAUCGGGAUCGUCACCACGACAGGCACAGACACAGACACCGAAGCAGAAGUCGAAGUCACAGUAGGCACAGACGCAGGGACAGGGACGGGAGCACGAAGAGGCUCUCCAGCGGGAGGCACGAAAGAAGCAGCAUAGGCAGUGCGGCAAUCUCUGAAAAUCAGGACAGGCGUGGCAGGAGGAACAACUCCCCCGACAGCCACAGCAUCGACGACAGGUACAAUGAUGUAGAAAAACGUAGUGGCAGAUAUACACAUAAUAAUGGUAGCCCUUCUAGGGAAUACAAUUUAAAGGACACGGUUAACCACCAUGGAAACGUAAACGAUAAAGUUGCUGGAGCACAGCAACACUUAAAUGACAAUAGGAAAUAUAGUGACUCCUCUGAUGAGGAUAAGGAGGAAGAUUUGUCCGAAGGGGAAUUGUUAAAAAAAGUUAUGGGUAUUAGUGAAUUCAGUACGACAGACAACAAAUGUCACAACGAGACAGACCUGUCUGGUAUUAAUCGAAGGACGAAAAGGAAAUAUCGCCAGUAUAUGAACAGGCGGGGUGGCUUUAACAGACCCCUUUCCCCCGCUUUUUAG